AAGAAGGGAAGGAAAAUUGGAAGAGAACGUGAGGUGUCGAAGGUGAGCGUCCCGUCUCUCUGCGACGAAGAGGAGCCAAGUGAGGAGAGGGAGACGAAAGCCCGUCAUCCUCUCCUUCCUCUUCUUCUUCUUCUUGAUGGCCGUCGCCUCAGCUGCAAGGGUUCUCGGCCUCGCCCUCUCCGCCUCCCACUCCGACUGCCUCUUCCACCGCCCCUCCCUCUCCUUUUCCCGCGAUUUCCGGCCGGCGGUUCCUGCCUCGCCCAGACCAAUCGACGGCUGCUGCAGGAAGCGGAGUCUUAACUCCCCUUCGUCCCUUAAUUGCUUGUUCCCUGGUGUCGACGGCGGCUUUUGGGAGACUGCUGGUGGCGGCGAUGCGGACGGCACCGGUGAGGACGGCGAGGACUGUGUCUCGACGCGGAGGGUGAGGUUUCAUCGGGAAUUCGCAGUGCUCGCUAAUAUCUUGAAGCGGAUCGAGCCGCUUGACACGUCGGUGAUCGGCGAGGGAGUCUCCAGCGCGGCCAAGGAGUCGAUGAAGCGGACGAUCUCAACGAUGCUGGGGCUGCUGCCGUCGGACCAGUUCGCAGUUACGGUGAAGGUUCCGCAGCAGCCGAUGGCGAGGCUUCUGUCGUCUUCGAUAAUCACCGGGUAUACGCUAUGGAAUGCAGAAUACCGUGUUUCAUUGAUGAGGAACUUCAAUAUUCCUCUUGAACGAGAGUUGGAAGUCUCACCUAAUGACCCCAAAUUCUUGGACAAUUUGAAUGACGAGCAGAACGAUGCUGUUGGAGUUCACACAGGAGAAGAACUAAUGGGAGAAUGUGAGCUAGGGCUGCGGACUAUUGGUCAUUUGUCUCAGGAAGCUCUGAGCUACAUCCAAGAACUGGAAUCGGCGUUGGCCACGGUAGAGGAGGAGCUGGAUGCCGAAAAAAAGCAAACUGCGAUCAUUGAAAAGAAUGGGGAAUGCAAUGACUUGUUAGACUACUUAAGAUCUUUAGAACCUGAAAUGGUGACUGAAUUAUCACGCCCAUCAUCACCCGAAGUGGAGGAGAUUAUUCAGCAGCUUGUUGAGAACAUCUUACAAAGAUUCUUCAAGAAUGAAAAUUCUUCAGAUAGCUUGGAAGCUACAGAGGCAAUGAAGAGUUAUGUUGAAGAUGAAGUUCGUCAUGGAAGCACAAUGGGAACUUCUCGAGAUUACCUUGCUAAAUUGAUAUUCUGGUGCAUGCUUUUGGGGCACCAUAUGAGAGGGUUGGAGUACAGGCUUCACUUAAGCUGCGUGGUUGGGAUCUUAUAAAGAGAGGAUUAGGCUGUACAUUCUUCACUAUCAAGUUGAGCCAUCCAUACCAAUCUGGCGGUGCCACCGUCCAGUAUAUUCUAUAUCUUAAUUCAUCAGACUGAUAGAUGUAGCUUGCAACCAGGAACUUGUAAAGUGAACCUCUUUUUGCUCCAUUUAUAAAAGUAGUUCCAAGUUUUUGAAGCA